AAUCUGACUGCUGUUGUUCUGCUAGAUAGGUUUUGAAAAACUGGGCCCAUGAGUCCAAAAUGGAAGAAGUGGUCAUUGGGGUGUUUAAUAAAAUAUCACUGUAUUAGAAACAACUCUCAGCUUAAUGUGAUAAGGGAAUAUGUCGGAUACCUCACAGGCAGUGAUUGGUCAGAGCUGUAACGUCACACGCUGGUGUGUAUUUUUACAUGGUUCUGUCCUUAUAAAAGACUCAAUGUUGGAGAUAUCUCUUUCAACCAUCCAGAUGUUCUGCAUGACCACAGAACUGCAAGCAUUCUGAAACAUUCCUCUGAAGGUAAAAGACCCCUUUCAAAAAGAGCACUGACUCUACAUCCAGGUGACCAUGGAGAAUGUGUCAGCAGUGACGUCCUUCAUAAUGACGGCAUACACUGAACUGGAAGAUCACAGAUAUUUAUACUUCGUAUGUUUUCUUCUUUUAUACAUUAUGAUUAUAGUGGCCAAUGCAGUACUAAUAACAGUAAUAUACAUUGAGAGAGGUCUGCAUGAACCCAUGUAUUUGUUUAUAUGUAGCUUAGCUGUGAACGGAAUAUUUGGGAGCACAUCUUUAUUACCAUCUAUGCUUGUCUUUUUGUUGUCUCAUAGUUAUGAAAUAUCUCUGACCCAAUGUCUGUUACAGAUAUAUUGUUUACAUUCAUAUGUUUACGUUGAAUUUACUAUUUUAGCAGUGAUGAGCUAUGACCGUUAUGCUGCUAUUUGUCACCCAUUACACUAUCACCUCCUCAUGUCUCCUAAGAAGCUAUAUGCAGCUAUUACAUUAUCCUGGGUGAUUCCCUUCAUUUACUUUGCCCUUUUUUUCAUAAUGACUGCUCAGCGCACAUUUUGUGGCAGGAUUAUUGAAAAAGUGUAUUGUGCCAAUUUUUCUUUAGUUAAACUGUCUUGUUUUGAUAUGAAUGUUCAGAAUAUUCUUGGACUGGCAUUAACUUUUGUCUCACCUUUAACUCAGAUCCUCAUGAUACUGUUUUCCUAUGGACAAAUAUUCAGAAUCUGCCUAUUUGCUUCUAAGGAAUCUCAAACCAAAGCUAUUCGAACAUGCACCCCACACUUACUAACUCUGAUUAACUUUUCUGUGGGAUGCUUAUUUGAGCACAUCCAGAGUCGUUUCAACAUGAGUCAUGUACCUCAUAAAGCUCGCAUAUUCCUAUCCGUACACAUGGGCAUUUUUCCUCCAUUGUUCAAUCCUGUAAUUUAUGGAAUUAGCAUUCAAGUCAUUAAAGAUCAGAUUUUUAGAUGGUUUAGCAGUAAAAAAAUAAGUGAACCCCACCCAAUGUGAUUAUUAAUGUAAUUUACAUUUUGUUCGUAACGCUGUACCCUGUAUCACUUGGGUUGCCAGAUGCCAGAUUUUGGGCUGGAAUGUCCAGUUUUCUAAUUAUUUGUAGGUCCAGUUUGUAGUCCCAACUGGACAAUAUAAAUACCCAGUCAGGAUAACUGAAAUUUGACUGCUAGUAUGCAACCAGUUUCUUCAAUGUCCACUGUAACAGUUUUUCCUUAAUUAACCCCUCCCCCCUCCCCCAAACCCUGAUCAGUUAAUUAAAAUCUCGCCUAUUUCUGCAUGCUUGAUUUUCGGUUUUGAUUCAUUCUCAUUCUGGCAACCCUAUGCAUCACAAAGUAAUUUAAAAGACGCUGUAACAUGAAGAAUAACGGAAA